CUUUAAUAACAAGCAGCAUGCUUUAAAAUCUUGUAUUUGUACAGCAUUGAGUACAUUACGGUUACCAGCGUAAAUAUACAAUAUAUACAAAUACAUGUCUGGAAUUCAAAUAAAGACGGAUAUAGAUCUGAAUAUAAUCUAGUAUUAUAGAUCUAGAUUUUGUACUUUAAUAAAUAAGUGUUUCCCAUAAAGUGCUACAGUUGAACUGGGUCGAAGUUUAAAAAAUUCUAUGUUAGUAUGAGAAUGGAAGAAAUAGCUGAGACAAAAGUACCUCAAUUCAAUGAGCAUAAAAGAUUGGAGCUUACAGUUGAUGAUACUGUCCAUAGUGAAAAAAAUAAUGUGCAUUUAGAAGGAAAAAUACAAAAUAUUGAGACAGUCAUUAGCAGUUCACAAAAUAUUGAGACAUGUAACAGUUCACAAAAUAUUGAGACAUAUAACAGUUUACAAAAUAUUGAGACUGUCAGCAAUGUUGAGACAGUCAUCGACAGUGAACAAAAUAUUGAGACAGUCAUCAACAGUGAACAAAAUAUUGAGACAUGUAACAGUUCACAAAAUAUUGAGACAGUCAUCAACAGUGAACACAAUAUUAAGACAGUCAUUAACAGUGAAUACAAUAUUGAGACAGUCAUCAACAGUGAACACAAUACUGAGACAGUCAUUAACAGUGAAUACAAUAUUGAGACAGUCAUCAACAGUGAACACAAUACUGAGACAUGUAAUAGUGUCCAAAAUAUUGAGAUACUCCAUGGGGUACAAAAUACAGAGUUCACUGAUAGUGUUCAAAAUACUGGUAUAAACAGUAGUGAGACAGCUAUCAAUAUAAACAAAAUUUUAGGAAAAGGUGAAGUUGAGAAUCUCAAUGCAGAUGCUGAUAUUAAUCAACCAUCAUUAAUUCUUGAGGACCAAGUAACCCAACCUGACCUAUCCAGUGAAGAAAAGAAAGAACUUCACCAAAAUUCAGUCGCUUCAAAUUUAGGUUUAGACUCAAUAACUGCAUGUGAUGCCAUGGAUAGCAAAGAAGAGAAUGGUGUUAUAAUAAUCAAACAGGAAGUUGAAGAUCUAGACUAUGAAAGGUUAAGUUUACAGUACAGAGGAAAGUCAAUUGUAGUCUAUAGUGACACUGACAGUGACACUGAGAGCUCAGACUGCUCACCAAAUGUCACUAUGGCUGUAGAGGAGGAUGGCGAUGAGGAAUUUCAAGACACUUUUCCGAAAAAACAAAGUGAAAAUCUUGGGACAAAAAAGUUUGUUUCAAGAACAGAAGGAGAAGUAUUGCCUGAAGAGUUGCCUCCCCUCGAGUAUUUGACAAUAUCUCCAGAUGAGAAUGUGGAGUUAGAGCCCUUGGGCACUGUCUCUGGCAUUGUUGGUGUUUUGGUUGUGAUUAAGGCUUUGCCAGACAGUCCUGCACUAUUUGAUGAUACUGUUCUGUUUCUAGAAGGCCGUCGGCCAUUAGGAUUAAUUUUUGAAACCUUUGGCACUGUGCAUCAGCCCUAUUAUUCAGUUAGAUUCAACAGAAAUGAAGACAUCAGAGAUCAAACCAUUGAGCUAGGGCAUUCAGUCUACUUUGCCCCUAAAGCAAGCAAUUUAACAAAAUAUGUUUUCAUUUCAGAACUCAGGAAAAUCAAAUUUAAUGAUGCAUCAUGGGAGCAUGACAAUGAACCACCCCCUUCACAUUUAGAAUUUUCUGAUGAUGAGGAGGAAAAAAAGGCAAAACGCCAAAGAAAUCAGGCCAAGAAAUCUGACAAUCCAGUGUUAAAAGGACAGAAGAGAAGAAGGGGAAAUGCUCAGUCUGACAACAAUAGUUCGGCUCAAGAAAAUAAUGGUUUAAAACUCAUGCAAGGUGACCUUAAUAGAAAUCCAUUUAGUAAUAGAAGCCAAAGCUUUAAUGAGCAUGCUACUAAGCAAACAUCUAGAGAGAAUACUUCAAACAGUAAACAAUGGCCUCCUAGAGAAAACACUUCGUUGAGCCAUCAGCAAUGGCAGUCUAGACACAACUCUUCGUCAGUUAGUCAGCAAUGGCCACCGACUAGCAGCAAGGAGCCAGCACCAAGUUUCGUCAACUUUUCUUUGCCUCCGCCAUUCCCACCAUUCAACAUCCCUCCGCCAUCUUUUAAUACGAAUCCUUUACUGUGUCAGAAUUCCACACUACCAUCUUAUAGCAACACAGGGCCUUUUAUGGGUCAGGCAUCUGCUCCAUCAUUUAAUAACCCAGGGUUGUUUACAGGUCACACUUCAACUCCAUCAUCUCAUAACACAGGACCUUUUAAUUCGGCUCCACCACCUCAUAAUAACACAGGACCUUUUAAUUCGGCUCCGCCAUCUCAUAAUAACACAGGACCUUUUAAUUCGGCCCCACCACCUCAUAAUAACACAGGACCUUUUAAUUCGGCUCCGCCAUCUCAAAGCAGCACAGGACCUUUUAAUUCAGCUCCAUCCCAUAACGGCUCAGGACCUUUUAAUUCAGCUCCACCAUCGCAUAACACUUUUAGUUCAGUUUCACCAUCUAAUAACACGGGACCUUUUAAUAUGGCUCCACCCUUUAAUAAUAUGGGCCCUUUAAAUUUAGCUCCGCCAUCUCAUAACAACACUGGAGUUUUUUCAAGUCAAAUGUUUGCUCCAUCAUCUCAAAACAUGAGACCUUUUUUGGGCCAAAUGUCUACACCAUCACAAUUUACUCCUGCGACCAGUAGCCCAUACACUCCUCCAUUCAAUUCUUUCCAGCCCCCUCCUUUUAUCUCUUCACAACACACCACCAAACAUAACUCAAUGUAACGCAUCAGAUAACCUGAUCUAGAUGCCAAGCUAAUGUUUUUUUUGUGAUAAAAAUUGUGUUCACUGUAAAUAAUUGAAAUAAAUAAUCAAAGAAAUG